GAAAGCUUGUGUUAAACUUGUUUCCUUACUAACUUGUCCGAUUUUCUCAUUAGGCCAUGGCUCCUUCCGCUGCCUCUUCAAACACUAAAGAAGGAGAAUCUGGUGAGGAAGGAUAUACUGCAUUGGAGAAACAUGUAGCCUUCUUCGACAGGAACGGAGACGGCGUCAUUUAUCCUUGGGAAACCUACCAAGGAUUUAGAGCGAUAGGGGUAGGGCGUCUCCCGUCAGCUAUUGCUGGUCUCUUUAUCAACAUGGGACUUAGCCAGAAAACUCGCCCGGGGAAGGGAUUCUCGCUGUUGUUUCCAAUAGAAGUGAAGAAUAGUCACUUUUGCAUCCAUGGUAGUGUCACUGAAGCAUACGACAAGAACGGAAGAUUUGUGGAAUCGAAAUUCGAGGAGAUAUUCAAGAAGCAUGCUCGCUCACAUCGAAAUGCUCUCACUUACAAGGAACUUCUUCAAUUGCUUAAGUCUAACAGAGACCCUGGAGACUUUGGAGGAUGGAUUGCAGCAUACGGAGAAUGGAAAUUAUUAUAUGAAUUAUGCAAAGAUGAAAAUGGUUUAUUGACGAGAGAGGCAGUAAAAGGCGCCUUCGAUGGCAGCAUUUUCAGAAAAUUGGAGAAAGAACGAUUAUCUUCUUCUCAUAAGAAGAAAGAAAAAAGAAGACAUUAAAUAUUCCCAAAGCCCAUUCAUCCAUCAUCUUCAACGUUACAAAUUAAUAGAUACACUUAUGUGACUAGUGUGUAUCUUAUAUGAAAAUGGUUUGUUGUUGUAAUGCAUUCUUUACAUAAACAUAUAUGAUAUUUUUGUGUUAUAUUCCGAUAAUACCAUUAGAAAA